AUGGAUCCCUCAAGUAAGCUCUUAAAAACCAACCAGGACGCUACAAACUCUCCACCAUUGCUUGAUUGUGUUUCCGGAGGAGCUAAGAGAUUCAUAUGCCCUAUUUGCCAGUAUGCAUUUGGAAAAAAAAGCCUGCUUGAUCGUCAUGCAAUAACGCACGCUAAGAUAAAGCCAUUUGUAUGUCAGAUGUGUAAUCGGGGCUUCACUCAAUGCUUUACGCUUAAAAAGCACAUGGAACUGCACUCCAAUCCGAAUUAUGUUGAAUGUGCUCAAUGUAAUCGUGUAUUUAACUCCUCAGUUAGGCUCAAUAAACACAUACAGCAAGAGCACAACUGUAUACCAGAUCCUGUUCCUGCUUCUGAAGACAAGGAUCCGUCCAACAUAGAUGGAAUGCUUCCAGUAAUAUUACAACAAUCUCCACUAAUAAGAAGACGCAAAUCCAAACCGUACACCCCUUUCAAGUGCCAUUUAUGUAAUCGUUCCUUUUCGAGUGCAUCUUUCUUGUAUUUUCAUAAAAGAGUUCACAAAUAUGGUCAAGCUCGACCCUUGAAAUGGGAUCAUCAAACUGAAAAACUUUCGACCGUUCCCGUCGGAAUUACUUGUCCGAAUGGUAGGCUUCCUGCCGACAUGCCGUCUUCUCAUCUACCUAACAGACCUUUUAAAUGUCCCAGUUGUUCGAAUGCGUACAAAUAUUGUCCCCACCUGCAGUUUCACAUACGCCAAAGGCAUUUGACUGGACAAACUCUUCAUCCCUGUGAUAUAUGUGGGAGAAAGUAUCUGAAGCACUCCAAUCUUAAUCGGCAUGUCACUUCUAAGCACUCAGGUCCUAUCUCUUCACAGAAACAGACUUGCUCUACUUGUGGCAUUCAACUCAGUUCUAAGCUUUCUCUAAAACGCCAUUUAUCUCUUCAUAGUGAUGAAAGGGCCUUUUUCUGUCCUAUUUGUCAAGCUCGUUUCAAAUCUCGCAAUGCCUGUCGACUUCAUAUUCAGAAGCAUUCACUUGGAGAGCGCAUGGAGCCCACUGACGCAAACGGGAGUUAUUGUCAGCCACUUGGGCAAGGGACGCAUUUGAUGACUGCGGAUGAAACGAAGGCCCAGCAAGAUGUUUUGAGCUCAUCGUGCCUGCCUUUUGAACAAUCUAAUAUAAAUCCUGCACAGUCUGGUGUCAACCAGAAGCAGGAUAUCCUUCAUACUUGUGAGGAGAACUCUGCUUACCUCGGGGAAAUUUUAGAUGGCUAUAGGAGUCACGAAGCAGUAGCUUCAGAUAAUACGACAGUCACAGCUUUUCAGGAAGGAGGUUCUUCAAUGAUGCACACUUUAUUGGCAACUGAUUUUGCCUCAAGUCAUAUCCUUGCUUCUCAAACCUUAGACAUAGACGGUAUUCAGUUUGGCCAAAUCUCUCACUCCCAUGCUGCCUGUUCUGCUGAUUUUAUUCCCAACCAUUUUUCAGUCAAAAAAGUUUCUACUGGUCCCGAUUGUGUCGAUUCAGAGCAUUCUUACAACGACCAACCCCUUCAUUCGAUUGAUAUAUCAGAAAAUGGAGUCCCUGUUCAUGACUCCAUUCCUUUCGUUAUUGAAUCAGAUUCUUUAGCAAAGGGACUGACAUUAGAUGAAUCCAGUUCUGAAAAUGCUCUUUCAUUUAAUUCAGAAGUCCCUAAAGACGAAUCAUUACAUAGGUUGGCCACCAACUAUCUAUUGGGCCCCAAGGCCAUUUUUUCGGAAACUGUGAAUACUAUGGAUUCGGUCGAUCUAUUAAAGUUUGCCACUGUACAAGAUGCCUUGACUGAUCCAGGUCCAAGUUCAUGUAAAGGUUAUCAUGAUACUUCACAGCUUAACGGUCUUUAUUCCGGAUUAUCACCUAGUUUGCAGGUGGAUUCAAGUAAAGAACCCACCGAAGUUGUCGACCUGAAUGUGGUUAGUCAUCUUUCUGAUGAUUCAUCCCAGCAAUCUGUGGUUCUUUCUCUCUUCGACUCUAAUUCUUCCUGUAGCGAAAAACUCUUUGGAUGUAGCCGCUGUGAUGCCGUAUUCGCCGAUAGUCAGCAUUUGAAGUUGCAUACGUCGAGAAAUCACGGUUUAGAAGUCAGGCCUUAUGUGUGUCCCUAUUGCCACAGAACUUUUAUUAACUUAGUGGCCUUUAUCAACCACCAAGUAGCUCAUGAAGCUGCAUCCUCAAUUGUUAAUGAAGAGGGUCAGACUACAAAUGAUAACAAUUCAUGCGUCUCCUUUGUUUGCCCUAUUUGUUCACACACUUUUUCUACUCAAGCCCUUCUGACUUUUCAUGCGAGUCAAGACCAUCCAUCUGUUCUCCCUACACCAUAUAGAUGCUCACACUGCCGACAGACCUUCAAAUCCAUACGGACCCUCAAAAGCCACAUUGAUGAAAUUGGGCAGAAAACAAAACGAAUAUCCACUUCAGAUAGAAGCAAGGCUCUUAAAAAAACUUCGGUGAAACAUUCUACAUCAGUCGUCUCCUCGGUCAUGCCGUCUGUAACAAGAACGGUAUCUGGAUUUCGUCAACGAAGAAUCCGACCUCGAAGAGCUUACAGUUUUGCCGAAACUGAUAGUCCAGGCGACCUUUUACAGGCAAGUACAGAUUAA